CCCUUAAUUUUUUUCCUUGCCCUAGACUCUUUUUUCUUCAGCCGCAACAUGUUACUCUCAGCUCAAAUCCAUAAAUUCUCUCUUGUUUUCCCUUCAAAUCUUCUAUUUAUCCGUAAAAUCAGCUCAAAUUAGCUUUUAUUUCAGCUUAAAUUUGUUCAAUUCGCAGUCCAUUUGAUAUGGUUGUGUUGAAUUUAUGUGAGGGUUUUGUUUGGUGGGGUUUGGUGAGGUGAUGGAAACUUUACAGGGUUCUGUUCUGGUGGAGGUGGACGUGUCUAAGCUUAUGGGAUCGGAAAGUUUCAGCGGCCGUGCUCCUAAAUUGGAGAGGUCCUCUGUUGUGACUGCGCCUUCUGUUGAUAGGACCAAUGAUUUAGUCAGACGAAAAGAGUUAGCUUUUUGGAGUAAGAUGUCCGAGAGUGAAUUCUCUGGUCAUCAAUCCAUACAUAGUGCCGAGGAUGCUUCAGAAGACCACAGUUUCAGGAGCAUAAAUACUAAGCUUCCAUUGACACUUGGGUUAGAGGCUACUCAAUCACAUCGGAUUUUUGGGAAGGUGGGCAGAAAUAGUAUUUCUAAUUCUAAGAGAUCAAGGAUAGUGCAUAUGGACGUUUCUGCAAAUAAAAUUGGUGAAGAUGGAAAAGGCUUUAGUACUGAGCUUUCAGCAAAUCCUACAAAUUGCAAAAAUGGAGAGAGGACUCAAGUGGUUAAGCAAAGGCAGAAUUCUAGUGGCAAGCGAAGCGAUAGAAGAAAUGGCAAAGUUACUAAAAGUAAUUUCUCUUUAAAGAGCUUGGUUGGCUUCGGUUCAGCUGCUGGAGGAAGAAACUUUCUUGGAAUCUAUGGCUUGAAAUCUGAUGUCAUGGAUGUCACAAAAGAUGUAGAUGAUCUGCCUUUGAGGGAACUACUUGAUGGCAGUUAUAAAUGUGCACCUUCUCCCAAAGAUAAGGGAAACAAAGCUUCAAGUUCAAAUGACAGUCUCAUGCAGUUGGUUAGAGAUGCUAACUCCAUGCUUCGACUUCAGAAGUCUGUACAGACGCAGAAUUAUUCUUGUGUUGAUAGCAGUGUCUCUUGUGUCCAUGCUUAUACUGGCCCUUCUUCAGAAAGUCGAGAUGAUGGAGACAAGGAAGAGACCAGGAUUGAUAAUCCGUCUUCUUUUAAUCAGGUACAGGAACAUUGUCGCAAGGUCCAAACAGUUGCGACAAUGCUUCAUGCUCCAUCAUAUACGCCAACGGAUGUGUUGGAGCGCCUUGCGCUUGCUCCAUCCAAGGAUUUAGAUUCUUUCCUCAUGGACACAGUCAAGCCUGCAUCUUCAAGAAAUUGUAGUGAUCUUCGUCUAGGCAAGCCAUCAUCUCAGCGAAAUGGUUUGCCUCCCUUUCCUUGGUCACAUACAUACUCUGGGCAUCCUAAAACUGUUCCUGAUUCAGCUAAAUUAUCUACAAGUAAGACGGUUUGCCAAGGCAGAUGGGUAAGAGUGGAAAACACUUUGACUCCGCUGAAAGGUUCUACUGGUUUCCUUGUGGAAUUGCAAUCACUCACUGACAAUCACAAACUAGUUCCAACAGGAGUUCAAGUUUCAGAAAAUGUAAAUGCUUCAACAAACUCUGAUACCCUUACUGUGUGUGAAAGGAUUUCAUCGUCAAUUGGAGCCAUCAGCACUUCUGAAGUGCCCCCGGCAGCUGACUCUCCAAGAAUAUUGGUUGCUGCUGAGACACUUUGCGAGAUUGCGACGCAUUCAUUGAGGCAGAACACUGAAGAAACAGUGAAGUUGCUGAAAAGACCUUGUCAGAAGGUCAUGAAAGCUUGUAAGUUGACGGAGAAAUCUGAAAAACAAUCCAUAGCACCAAAACCAGUGGUGGGAUCAAAUAAUCUGGUUGAAAUUGCUGAUGGGAUACUUCCUUCGAAGAAAGUUCGUCUUUCAGUCAACUUUAGAAAACCUGAGCGGAAAGGACCAGUACCUUGUUCAGCUCAAUCAAUAAGAUCAUCUCCUGUCGAAUCUUUUAGGGACUCAGAAGGUUUCAGUACCAGCUUUGUAAAUAAACCAUGUAUGAUUCCCCCAUACACAAGGGUGAUGGAUAAGGCUUGUAGUAGUGAGCAGAAGCUGAGGAAGGUAGCCAAUGGAGUGGAACCUAGGAGAUGACAGAAUGUUGGACUGAGCUCAUUAUGGUGUUGGAGCAGACAAGGACCCUUACUGUUUGCAUUUGUCUAUUCCUUCUAACUGCUGUUAGACAUGCAAAAUAUGUAGGAUUUGUAUAGCCUGUCUCACUGGAAGAAAUGAAUGUUGUAAUCUUAUGCUGGGUUGGGGGGGCCAUUGGGCUUGUACCAUUACUUGUAAGAUGGAUGCCAGAUACAUAGUUUCGGCAUUGCCUCAGUGUACAUCAUUGAUGAGGCAAUAGUAGAAAAGUUCUCUCUUUAGGCUCUGGUUUUCCGGCCAUUUAUUAUGUACGUGUAAAUGUAUUCAUCAUGUAAUAUCACUGCGCAGGACAUUUUCAUACUCUUGUGUUUGUUAUAGAAUUUUUAAUAGGUCGUCUUAUUUUAUC